AUGGCGACAGUCCUCACAAAGGGCGGUUCCCCGCCCAUAACCAUAUCCCCGCCCUCAGACGGGAACGACUCCCCGACCGGGUCGAAAGGGUCCAACAUCAAUGUCUCCCUCUCUUCCAUUCCUCCUCUAGGCGUAGCUAUCGAAGAACGUCGUUUCUGGUUCCAACGAGCCAAGUCAUACGAUCCCACUGCCAUUGCCACCCAGGUCUCAGUCUUCGACGACCCGGAUACAGCUGAGAAGUAUCAACCUCGGCCGGACUGGGAAAACAUUCACCGGUUUGACCCCCUUGAGCGUUGGACAUGGGGCGAGGAACAUCGACUGAUCCGCAAGAUCGACUGGCGAAUCAUGGUGUGGGCGUGCAUCAUGUUCAUGGCGCUGGAGCUGGAUCGGGCAAAUAUCAGCCAGGCGUUGACGGACAAUUUCUUGGGGGAUUUGCACAUGACGACGAAUGACUACAACCUCGGCAACUCCGUCUUCAAACUCGCCUUCCUCUGCGCCGAACUUCCCUCCCAGCUCGUCUCCAAAUGGAUGGGUCCCGACCGUUGGAUUCCCUCCCAAAUGGUUCUCUGGUCCAUCGUCGCCACUGCUCAAUUCUGGCUUAGCGGCCGGACCUCCUUCCUUGCCUGCCGUGCCCUGCUCGGUAUCCUCCAGGGCGGCUUCAUCCCCGAUGUGAUCUUGUACCUCAGUUACUUCUACAAGCACCACGAACUGAGUCUUAGAUUGGGCUUCUUUUGGACGGCGAUGAGUAUUGCAGAUAUUGCGAGCGCGCUGUUGGCGUAUGGGUUGUUGCAUAUGCGAGGCGUGCAGGGACAUGCGGGGUGGAGGUGGUUGUUUUUGAUUGAGGGCCUCAUGACACUCGUCAUCGGCAUCUUCGCCUUCGUCCUCAUGCCCGCCGGCCCCUGCCACACCGCCAGCUGGUUCCGCGGCAAGAACGGGUGGUUCACCGAAAAAGAAGAGAAGAUCAUGGUCAACCGGGUCAUCCGCGAAGAUCCAAGCAAGAGCGACAUGCACAACCGCGAGCCCAUCACGCCGAGACUUCUCUGGCAGAGUCUCAAGGACUUUGAUCUCUGGCCCAUCUACAUCCUAGGCCUCGUCUUCCAAAUCCCCAUGACGCCCAUAGCCCAAUACCUCACCCUCACCCUCAAAGGCCUACACUUCGACACCUUCCAAGCCAACCUGCUCACCAUCCCGUACACCGUCGUGCACAUGAUCACCAUGCUGGGCAUCACCUAUCUCGGGGAGAUCUUUAACGAGCUGACCUUCAUCGCUGCCUCAGGGCAGAUCUGGGCUUUGCCGUUCUUGAUCUACCUCAACAGCGUCGACACCGCGGGCGUGAAUCGGUGGGUGAUUUACGCGGUCACGACGCUGUUACUUGGGUACCCCAAUGCCCAUCCUAUUCAGGUCGGGUGGAAUAGCAGAAACUCGAAUACGGUUCGGUCGAGGACGGUGUCGGCGGCUUGUUAUAAUAUGUUUGUGCAGGCGGGGGGGAUUGUGAGUUCGAAUAUUUAUCGGAAGGAUGAUGCGCCGCUGUAUAAGCGUGGGAAUAAGCAGCUGUUGGCUAUUUGCUGCAUGAACAUUGCGCUGUACAUUCUGGUCAAGGCGUAUUACAUGUUCCGCAACAAGCAGAAGGCGCGCAAGUGGGAGGCCAUGACGGCGGAGGAGAGACUCGAGUAUUUGGCGAACACGACCGACAAGGGGAACAAGAGGUUGGAUUUCAGGUUCCAGCACUGA